UGUUCAAUAUGGCGGAAAGCAUGUUGCAAGGAAAUUCAACACACUUGCCAAGCAAAGAAAUAGACAGUGCUUCGUUGAAGCCAAGUACUUCUGGUGUAAAACAGACUGAAUCAUCUUCCUGUAAGAAAGAAACAUCAAAAAAGUCUGAAAAACAGCCUGUGAAAGCAUCUGGGUCGUCUGUUAAGUCUAAGACCAACGUUUCAUGUGAUACUGAAGUGUUAAAAAUUUUGCAACAAAUGAACUCUAACAUCAAUAAACAGGGUCAAGAUUUGAAAAAUUUAUCAGAUAGAGUAGAUUCUAUUUAUGAUGACUACUAUAAUGCUCCCCAAUAUGCUCAUGAGUAUGAGUCAUAUGAUGAUGAUCAUGAUGAUGGUAGUUUUUGCCCAGACAGGUAUAAUAAUACAUGUACAGGUGAAAAUGAUGAGGAUGAUGAAAAUUGUCCAAGACAGCUUCAACCUUUACCUAAGAAACAGAAGACAUUAUUUGAGGGUCUUUCUGAUAAGUUCCUUCUUGCAGACAAGGUUGACACAAAAGUAAAUGAAGAUCUUGCCGAGCUUGUAAACAGAUCAUUUAGGAACGGUGUUCCUGAAGAGACGGUGCAAGAAAUAAUAAAGGGAAUUUUGAGACCCCAAAACUGUGAAUCCUUGACCAAAACAAGAGUUAAUCCAGGUAUGUGGAGAUUGUUAAAGCCUCAAACUCAAACUGAUGAUGCUAAGAUGCAGUUAAUUCAGAAUUGUGUUAUUAAAGCCUCCAUUAACAUUGUCAAAUUGUUGCAUAAACAGGGUGAUACUGAUUCUGAAACAUUCGAGUUGGGAUCCAAUGCUUUGGCGUUGCUGGGCCAUUCUAACAAGCUUCUUAACAACAAACGAAAAGAAUCCCACAAGAAUGAUUUUUAUCCGAAAUUCUUUCCUCUGACGUCGCCCAGUUUACCAUUUACAGAUUUCCUGUAUGGAAAUGAAACUGACAUUAACAAGAAUGUCAAAGAUAUACAAGACAUGAGCCGAAUUGGUAAAGUUGGUCGUGCUCCUCGUGGAAGAGGGUACAGAAAUUUUCCGUACCGUAGAGGUGGUCGCUCAUUGAGACGAGGUUACAGAGGUAGAGGGUUUAAGCCUUCUGAAACUGCAUCAUUUUCGAGUGCAGGUUAUUCAAAAAACUUCAAGGAGGGGCAGAAGAAAUAAAACAGUUUAGUGGGACGAGUUCUUCAGAAGCUGAGGCAGGACCAAGCAGAAUGCAUUAUGUUGGUGCCACUGUGGCCAAC